UUCUCUGCUGGCCAGCCCAGUGUUACCCAACCUUGCUCGCACCGUGUGCUUCUCGGGCUUCACCGGCUCGUCGCGGACAGUCGCUGGCGAGUGGGCUCUCGUUUUGCGAGUCGCCAUGGCUGGCUACGAAUACGUGAGCCCGGAGCAGCUGGCUGGUUUUGAUAAGUACAAGUACAGUGCUGUGGACAACAAUCCGCUCUCUCUCUAUGUCAUGCAUCCAUUUUGGAACACAAUAGUCAAGGCAUUUCCUACUUGGCUGGCUCCGAAUCUGAUAACAUUUUCUGGCUUUCUGCUGGUUGUGUUCAAUUUUCUACUUAUGGCAUACUUUGAUCCUGAUUUUUAUGCUUCAGCUCCAGGUCACAGGCAUGUACCUGACUGGGUUUGGAUUGUAGUGGGCAUCCUCAACUUUACAGCCUACACGCUAGAUGGCGUGGAUGGAAAGCAAGCCCGGAGAACCAAUUCUAGUACCCCAUUAGGGGAGCUUUUUGAUCAUGGCUUGGAUAGCUGGUCAUGUGUUUACUUUGUUGUAACUGUGUAUUCCAUCUUUGGACGAGGAUCAACUGGUGUCACUGUUUUUGUUCUUUAUUUCCUGCUAUGGGUAGUUUUGUUUUCUUUCAUCCUGUCCCACUGGGAAAAGUAUAACACAGGGAUUCUUUUCCUGCCGUGGGGAUAUGACCUUAGCCAGGUGACUAUUUCUUUUGUCUACAUAGUGACUGCUGUUGUAGGAGUUGAGGCCUGGUAUGAACCUUUCCUGUUUAAUUUCUUAUAUAGAGACCUAUUCACUGCAAUGAUUAUUGGUUGUGCAGUAUGUGUAACUCUCCCAAUGAGUUUCUUAAAUUUUUACAGAAGCUAUAAAAAUAACACCUUGAAACACAGUUCAGUCUAUGAAGUUAUGGUUCCCUUCUUUUCUCCAUGUUUGCUCUUCAUUUUGUCUACAGCCUGGAUCCUCUGGUCACCUUCAAAUAUUCUAGAGAUACAUCCUAGAAUAUUCUACUUUAUGGUUGGAACAGCCUUUGCCAACAUCACAUGUCAGUUGAUUGUUUGUCAGAUGAGCAGCACAAGGUGCUCAGCUUUGAAUUGGUUGCUGGUUCCUCUCUUCUUGGUUGUCAUGGCAGUGAACUUAGGAGUAGCCUCUUACCUUGAGAGUGUUCUCCUGUAUAUGCUAACAGCUGCUUUCACCCUGGCCCAUAUCCACUAUGGUGUAUGCGUGGUUAAGCAGCUAAGUAGCCAUUUUCAGAUUUACCCCUUCUCAUUGAGGAAACCAAACUCAGAUUGACUAGGAAUGGAAGAAAAGAAUAUUGGCCUGUAAUCUUCAGGAAGAAGUACUGUA